UAAUUAUAGCUAGUUGUAACUUAAUCAUCAUGAAGUUUUAGAUCUAUUGUCUGUUACCAGAUCUGAACAAUGAAAUUAGGACGAAAGAAAUGUCCACAAUGUCAAGAAAUGGUUGCUGUGGCUCGGAAGAACUGUCUAAACUGUUCCUACUGUUUCAGAAAAUCGGCCGUCUGUUUACGAGACCAAGGCAGCCCCACUAGUGAUGGAAUGACCUCAAGUCGACUAAGAACUAAAGCAUACGAAGCAGUCAGAGAAAAGACAAUAUUCCCCCUUAUUGCCCGUGUCCGGCAGCAAAGUCAAAACAUGGACCAGAUGAAGUUAGACGAAAGCGCCAGUUCCUCCGGAGAAGGAAAGAUUCCAGUUCUCACAUACCACAAAGAUGAAGAAAAGGAAAACUCGUGCUCUACUCACGUCACAGACCAGCCAGGCAGCGCUCCAGCCGUUGAGGGUUCCAACGAUCUAGUCAUAGAAGAGGAGCUUGAUGCUGGAGUGGUACCGAAUGUAGAUGUCCUUAUGACAGAGAGUGAGCCAUACGACCCCGAACCUACUAUUGAUGUGACGUCACCUCACGAUGACAUGUUAUCACCCACCCCUGAUAAUAUAAUAAUCCAGACCCCCACCGCCUCGUCCAGCUCUCCAGCUUCCCAACCAGCAAACUCAAAAACCUUCAAAUUUCACGACAACACUUUCGAGACCAUGAAGGCAUUGGAGCAAAUACAGGGACAGUUUAAACAGAGCCAAAGUUGGCAGUCAACAGAACAGUCUCCGUCGAACAACUCCAGUUCUAACACUUCAUUGAGCAGCAGCCCCAAAGUAGAAGGCUACCUGAACCAGACCCCAACUAUUGUACCUAGAAAAAGAGGCAGACCCAAAGGCUCUACUACCAAGAACAGGAAGAUUAAAAAUAUCGGCGGACUAAAUUUGUGGGCUCCUAAAUCCUCCAAAUCUAAACUCUCAACACUGGAGUUAUUGGCAAUGUCUGCUCAACGACAACACACUCACCAACAAUCUCACACUCAACAGAACGACUCCCAGGCAAUGCUAGCUCUCCUAAUGCAGCAACAACUUCAGCAGCAGAUGAUGUCUGUUAACUCUACACAAGAUGCGAUGCAACUUCUCAUGGCAUGUGAUGCCUCCUUCCAGCAGGCCUACUCAGAGCAGCAGCAACACCAAGCCCUCCUAGCUCAGCAGCAGCUCAUGAUGAACGCUCAGAAUGAGCAGAAAAUGAACAGUGCACAAACCAAUCACUUGCUGGAGAUGCAGCUUCAGCACGAGAUUUCAAACCUGGAGAAGAUUCUGGCAAACCACGCCGCGGAACACAAGAUCAAUCCAUCACUCGCUCCGCCAAAGGUUCCGCAAACUAUGGAUCUUGGAAUGUAUCAGUUAAGCAACAUAGCAUCGCACAGCCCGGUUCAAGCCAGUUUGAGCGGUGUUUCCAAUCCUCAAGUUUUAAAGUUUAACUCUGUUCCAAGUGCUGAUCAAUUCCAAAGUUCUGUCUCCGAGUCGUUACAAAAAGAAGCUCAACAGAACGCCCUGCUACGUGAAACAAUGAUGAAACUUCAAGGACAAUCCCUCCAAAGCUCAAGCUCUCACAUCAGUCCAAACGGGAUAUUCUCCACAGCUAACAAUGGUCUUAACCACUCCGUGCCGCAAAGUGUGAGCAGUUCUGAUCAGAACCACCAUAUCAUGGGAUAUUCUCCAUCAUUACCGCACAGCGUGUGGUCGAGUUCAACUUCUCUAGAGAACAUUCCAGCUGCACCCGUCCAGACUGCAGCUGGAACCAUAUCUCCUCCCAUCAUUCAAAACAACACGCUUCACCACAAGAUGCCCGCUGUCAAUAGCAGGCCAGGUGACGUAAGUGAUGACGUAACCAAACAGUUCCUGGAACUGAUAAAGUCACUUGGAAAUGAUCCUGUCCAGACAGAGCAAUUACUGCAGUUGCUUGCCGGACAAGUUACCAACAAUUCUCAGCACCAAGCACCGGGUGUUUCCAGUGCCGCCUCCCAUGUCCCGACCAUAUUCUCUCAAAACCGGCCAUUACCUAGUCAAAGUGUACCUGCACCAGCUCAACUAGCUCCAGUCCAACUAGCCCCAGCCCAACUAGCCCCAGUCCAAUUAGCUCCAGCCCAACUAUCUCCAGUCCAGCUAUCACCGGCUCCAGCUCAACUAGCACCGGCACCACCUGCCCAGCCAACUCCCACCACAUCGCACAGUUCACCAACUAAAUCUGGUGCUCAAGCUAAGAUGUCCGAUCUUGAGCAACUUAUAUCGUGUCUUAAAUCUCCGAAUCAACAGAAAGUAUCUCAAUCCAUCUUCACACCCAAGAUAAAGAGUGGAGCUGAUCUGGAUAAUCUGCUGCCCAAGACGCGAGGCCGACCUCCUGGCACCUCUAAUGGGACCCCCACCAGUCUGAAACAGUCAGAGGGUAAGAGACACAGAGGUCGACCAAGAAAGUACCCUGAACACUUUUACAACGUUGUUAACGGCAAGAUGAAAUACCCCGGGGCUAAGGAAAGGCGGAUGUUUUUCCCGUUCGAAGAGACGAAGUAUAAUAACAGCAGUUCGACAGCUGGCUUAACCCAACUUAACCAGGCAAAUUUUGGAAGUCUGACAAGCUCAACGGAGGAGCAGACCGGGUCCACUUCUGGGCAGGAGCAGUCUCCUGUGCCCCCCACUGACAACACCCUCACGCCCCCGCCUCCCCCUGCUAAGAAACGAGGCCGUCCCAAGGGAUCCAAGAACAAGCCCUGUCUGAUAACAUCGCCUCAGCAACUUCUCGACCUCAGAGCUCAGUAUCCUGAGAGUUCCCCCGUCUGGGCGGGAAUGCCCGACUGCAAGCAAGCCCAAAUAGCGGCCGUUUUGUCCGGACUAAACCACAAACUCUUUAGACAGAAUCCAAGUUUUACUGUGUAGAUCCGAACUAUUGCUUAUCGAGACACUGUACCGGUGCCAAGACAGAUUUCGUAACUUUUUUUGAUUUUUAGUAAUUUCUUGAUCAUUGCAAUUAUUUUAGGUCAAGUAUUUGUAAAUUAAUAUUUUAACUCUUAUCUAUUGCUAACUAUUUAAGAGUAUUUUUGCUAUCAGCUAAUUUUACAGCUCUCUUCCCAUUUUAUUUUAGUUAAAUAGAUGAUUGGAUUAUUUUUCACCUUCUCUUAUAAUGAUAACUAUAUAAGUUACCAUGAAAACUGCAAGUAUUUAUCAAUUUGAAAAUUACUUGGGUUAAUUUACUGCAAAAUAUUCUUGGUUAUAUUUUGGCUGUUGACCAUGGCACAUUACAUGAACAGCGGUAAUUGGUUUUGAGUUUUGCGAGGAGACGUUCCUGGAAGUAGCAUUUUGUAGAUCUAAAUACAGCAGGCUGUUUGAGUUAUCAAAUGAAAAUAUUUGAUCCGUAGAUUAUAUGUACAAGUCACAGUUUUAUUUGAAGUUUUACAUUAAUCUGGGACCUAUUCGAUUUUAACGUUAUCUGUUGAAAAGAAACGUUAUAUUUUGGCUUUAUAUUAUUUGUAUUUUUACCUGUAAUUCCGCAGGCUACUUUACGCUAUCA